GUCAUACUGAACCACCAGUUUCUAGAUGUUAGUCAUGUCUCAAUGUCAUACUGAACAACCAGUUUCUAGAUGUUAGUCUUGUCUCAAUGUCAUACUGAACCACCAGUUUCUAGAUGUUAGUCGUGUCUCAGUGUCAUACUGAACCACCAGUUUCUAGAUGUUAGUCGUGUCUCAGUGUCGUACUGUACCACCAGUUUCUAGAUGUUAGUCAUAUCUCAAUGUCGUACUGUACCACUAGUUUCUAGAUGUUUGUCUUGUCUCAGUGUCCUACUGAACCACCAGUUUCUAGAUGUUAGUCAAUACCUCAAUGUCGUACUGUACCACUAGUUUCUAGAUGUUUGUCUUGUCUCAGUGUCAUACUGAACCACCAGUUUCUAGAUGUUUGUCUUGUCUCAGUGUCAUACUGAACCACCAGUUUCUAGAUGUUUGUCUUGUCUCAGUGUCAUACUGAACCACAAGUUUCUAGAUGUUUGUCUUGUCUCAGUGUCCUACUGAACCACCAGUUUCUAGAUGUUAGUCUUGUCUCAGUGUCCUACUGAACCACCAGUUUCUAGAUGUUAGUCGUGUCUCAGUGUCAUACCGUACCACCAGUUUCUAGAUGUUAGUCAUGUCUCAGUGUCGUACUGAACCACCAGUUUCUAGAUGUUAGUCGUGUCUCAGUGUCGUACUGAACCACCAGUUUCUAGAUGUUAGUCAUGUCUCAAUGUCGUACUGAACCACUAGUUUGUAGGUGUUUGUCUUGUCUCAAUGUCGUACUGUACCACAAGUUUCUAGAUGUUAGUCUUGUCUCAAUGUCAUACUGUACCACUAGUUUGUAGGUGUUUGUCUUGUCUCAAUGUUGUACUGAACCACAAGUUUCUAGAUGUUAGUCAUGUCUCAAUGUCAUACUGAACCACUAGUUUGUAGGUGUUUGUCUUGUCUCAAUAUCAUACUGAACCACCAGUUUCUAGAUGUUAGUCAUGUCUCAGUAUCAUACUGCACCACCAGUUUCUAGGUGUUAGUCAUGUCUCAGUAUCAUACGGCACCACCAGUUUAUAGGUGUUGAUAUCUUGUAGUAUAAUAUGUAUACAUUGUGAUAAUAGUACAAAGAAUGAAGUGUUUUAGAUGUACAAUGAAACUUGUAAAUUAUUUUCUGUAAAUUUCUUCACUAUUCAGUUUCAUUAGACACUUUUCUUCCCUUGUGAGAUUGUUUACUUUUAUGCUCCCACAGGAAGACCUAGUAGCUAUUUCUGAAGAACUGGCACAACUUUAUCAUUACGUUUGUUUGGUAAAUGGUGAAACCCCAAGCCGAGUCAUGCUCGACCAUGCCAAGGGAUGUCAACAUGUUGAACAAGAUAUGGCUCAGCUCUCGCAAGGACAGGACUCUGUAGAAAUAGAUAACAAGAUGGACAUUCUGGGAGGAACAUUGAAAACGAGUGCAUCCACCAGGGUUUUUGAAGGUGGUUUUGGGAAGUUGGACACCAAAAGCAACCCAGCUGUUUGUGGUCAACUUCUGAAGACAAUCCACGAUCAAGUGUGUCACCUGAAGCAAGCAGUGCGUACAACAGUUGAGAUGGGGCACCAGAAAAUAUACCACUUACCCGAAACUGAUGAUGCAACAACUACGGAGAUGAAGGUGCAGGUCACUGAACUCCAGUCACAAGUUUCAACAAAGAGGGAACAAAUUGCAACACUUCGAACCCUUUUAAAAGCCAACGAACACACUGCCGAGGUUGCUCUAGCCGAUCUAAAAAGCAAGUACGAAAAGGAAAAAGCAGUUGCUGGUGAAACUAUGUUCAAAUUGAGGAAUGAACUGAAAGCUCUCAAGGAAGGUGCUGCAAUGUUUACGUCCCUAAAAGCCACGUUUACUGCUCGUAGUGAAGAGUAUAUCUCUCAGGUGGAAGAACUUCAGAGACAGCUAUAUGCAGCAGAAGAGGAGAAAAAAACCCUUAACUCCCUUCUACGGAGGGUGAUUCAUCAAAAACUAGCCCUAACCCAACAUUUGGAAGACUUGGAAAUGGAGCAAGAAUAUAAUUACAUGAAACAACAAGACAGUCAUGGUUGUGUGGCUUUUCAGAGGAGAAGUCCAGGAGCGAUCAGAAGGAAAUGAAAGAAGCUGUCAUCUAUCGUGUCAUUGGUAUUCCAUCUCCUGAGAGGUUCACGUUUUGAAUUUUGUUUCACCACCUAUAAGAAGCUGUCAUCCAUCAUGUCAUUGGUAUUCCGUAUCCUGAGAGGUUCACGUUUUGAAUUUUGUUUCACCACCGAUA